AUCUUUUUUCUGCAGUUUCCUUUUGCUUCUAUUGUAUUUUGUAUUGUUCGUUCAUUUACGACCUUCCGUAUAUUUCAUAUCUAUUGUACCAAAUUUUCUUUUUUUUUUCCAAUCGAAAAAAAAUUCCCGUCCAACCGUAUAAGCUUUGCGCAUUCCAUUCCAUUUACUUUUGGGUUACCGCAACGCAUGUCAGUUAUCGCCCAAAUUAAACGAUUCAUACGAAGUGGUCGUAAUGACUCCAAUGACGACACUUCUUCCGAAAUCUCUCAAUCCAAAGCCGAAAAAAUUGAAAAGGCGGCCGUGUUUGUCGAACGUCAAAACGAACGCAAGUCCCGUAUGCCAAAGUAUGACGGACUUGAGCGAUAUAAGCUGACCGGUAAACUGGGAGAUGGUGCAUUUUCAGUGGUCUACAAGGCAGUGGAUCUUGAUACCAACGAGAAUGUCGCUCUAAAGGUGGUGCAGAAAAAGGAAUUGAACCGACAACAGAGAGCAAGUGUGCUCAAAGAAAUCCAAAUUAUGCGAACCCUCAAACACCCUUCUAUUAUCCGCUUACUCAAUUACAUCGAAACAGACAAGUAUUACUUUCUCGUAUUGGAACUCUGUGAAGGCGGCGAAUUAUUCCAUCAGAUCGUUCGCUUGACCUAUUUCAGUGAAGAUCUCGCCCGCCACUGUAUACGACAAGUAGCGGAAGGAAUCCGGUACUUGCAUGAAGAAAGAGGUGUCGUUCAUAGAGAUAUCAAACCCGAGAAUUUAUUGUUUGAACCGAUUCCCUUUCAUCCGCGUGUAAGCACGCCGCCACCGACGCAAUUUGAAGACGAGCCAAAAGAAGAUGAAGGCGAAUUUAUCCCUGGUGUUGGUGGAGGAGGCAUCGGAAAGGUCAAAAUAGCGGAUUUCGGAUUAUCAAAAGUAGUGUGGGAUUCGCAAACCAUGACACCUUGUGGUACCGUGGGCUACACCGCUCCGGAAAUUGUCAAGGAUGAACGGUACUCCAAAUCAGUGGAUAUGUGGGCUUUGGGUUGUGUGUUGUAUACCUUGCUGUGUGGAUUUCCUCCGUUUUAUGACGAAAGUAUCAAGGUGUUGACCGAAAAGGUCGCCAAAGGCCAAUUCACAUUUUUGAGUCCUUGGUGGGAUGGCAUUUCCAAUGGUGCGAAAGAUUUGGUCUCCAAUCUCUUGACGAUCGAUCCUGAUCAGCGUCUUACCAUUGAUCAAUUUCUUGACCAUCCAUGGAUGAAGACACCGGAACCCGCUUCCGCCACACCAGCCAUGUCUGUGAGUUCACAUGCCACCGAUUCCUUAUUCGCAGCCGAAGUGGAAACGAUUAAAAGCAAUCUCGAAAACUCACCUGAAGAGUCGGAAGCAGAAGCGUUCAAACGCAUGUAUCAACAGCGAACCCAAGCCCGUGAAAGCGAUACGGCGUCAAUACGCUCAGGUCAAACCACGCCACGAAGAGAUUUGUAUUCUGGCGUAACGUCUAUGAAAGAGAUGUUUGACGUCUCUUAUGCUGUGCACCGUAUGGCGGAAGAGAAGGCUCGACGUCAAAAAUUACGUGCUCGACAAGGGGGUAAUACACCAGUGGAUCAUCGACGCUCGCGUCUGAUGAAUACACUCAAUAUCGAUGAGAACGAUUCAGACGAGGACGAGGACGAAGAUGACGAUGAGGAUGACGAUGAUGGUACCACAACGACCGACGAUACGGUAAAUGAACAGGAUGCUCAGCUAGAAGAACUGCGCAAUAAGCUGGACGAGUUGGCCAUGGCGUCGAAUCAGCAACUCAAAGAGGUAUCGCAGUUGAAAGAAGAAAAAACACAGCCCGAAAGGCGUCACGGUCGAUCCAAACGAACAAGAUCUCCGGCCUUGUUUGAACUCAACAUUGAUAAAGCAACGUUGCUGGAAAGACGCAAGAAAGACCAAGGUCAAGAUGAUAAAGCAGAGGCGCCUUCUGUUGAUAUAGCUCAUGCUCCGCCUCAAGAUUCCGCUCCAAAUCCAUAAUACCUCCACUGUAAAAAGUACUCAUCCGUGGUCCAAUUUUAUCUGCAGCGCAUACAACACCCCUACCUUUCAACAUAUUUACAUAACGCAACGCGCACAUACAUUACAUUCCAUUU